CCCAGUGCGGGGGGGGCCUCCCCUCCGCGUUGUGUCGCGAUGGAUCUGCAGGGGCUGCGCAAGGACUACCGGGGGGACACCGAGGCCUUCGAGGAGCAGCACCUGGUGUCCCUCGAUCCCAUAGAACAAUUCCGAGCCUGGUUCCAGGAGGCCCUGGAGUGCCCGGACAUCGGCGAGGUCAAUGCCAUGUGCUUGGCCACCUGCUCCAGGGACGGGAAGCCCUCGGCCAGGAUGGUGCUGCUGAAGGGCUUCGGCCAGGACGGGUUCCGCUUCUUCACCAACCACGAGAGCAGGAAGGGCAGGGAGCUGGAGUCCAAUCCCUUCGCUUCCCUCGUCUUCUACUGGGAGCCCCUCAGCCGGCAGGUGCGGGUGGAGGGCUCGGUGAGGCGGCUCCCGGAGGAGGAAUCCGAGCGCUACUUCAGCUCCCGGCCCCGGAGCAGCCAGAUCGGGGCCGUGGUGAGCAGGCAGAGCUCCGUCAUCCCCGACCGCGAGGACCUGAGGAAGAGGAACGCGGAGCUGGAGGAGAAAUUCCGGGACAAGGCAGUGCCCAAACCGCAGUACUGGGGUGGGUACGUCCUGGAGCCCGAGGUGGUGGAGUUCUGGCAGGGCCAGACCAACCGGCUGCACGACCGGAUCGUGUUCCGGAGGCUCCGGGACCGCUCGGCCCCGCUCGGGGCCAUGACCCACCCCGGCCACGGGGACUGGGUCUACGAGCGCCUCUCCCCCUGAGGAUCCCGCUCAUCCUCCUGGAAUGCCACCCCCCCAUCCUCCCGGCCCCCCGGGGGGCGCUGGGAAUCGCAUCCCGAGCUCCGGGAAUGCCUUGUGGGACCUUCGUCGCCCUCUCGUCUGCAUCCGCUCCCCACGGUGCUGCUGGGGGUUGAUUAAUCGUGUUAAUGGUCGUGGAGAGACCCCAAUUGUGACCCCAGUGAUACCCCCCCUCCCCAGUCCUGCCACUGCCACCAUCCGUGUUUUAACUGGAAUCGUGUUUUAACUGGAAUCGUUUUAACCGGAAUCAUGGAAUGUGCUCAA